UUGAAUUGACAAACAUGGGAAAGUGCAAUGGCUGUUUUAUUUGACUUCGGCGAAAUAAAUAAUAAUAAAAGAAUUGUGAAUGGAAGUGCAGUUUCUUCGUUCAUUGAAUGUGGUACUAGUGACACAAUGUCGACAGACAGUGAAGAUAUGGACAUCCAACAAGAACUCCGAAACAUAGAGAAUGUAAUCAGUCUGACCAGAACAAACAUAGAUGCCCUAAAUGAAAAGUUUGCCGACUUUCAGCACCCGCCUGCAAUGUACCUCAAAGAAUAUGAAGACCUGACAUCAAAACUACAUGAAUUAGAAGCUGAAGAAAUGAGAUUGAGAGAACAACUCAGUAAUGGAAGAGAAAGUCCAGAGGACUUAAGUGAACAAUAUUACCCUAUACAUUAUGAGAGGAAACCACAAUAUGAUAAUCUAUCAAAGCCUAGGUUCUUACGAGCUCACUUGCCCAAUCAACAAAGAACGAGUGUACAAGUGCGAGAAGGUCUUACUUUACGAGAAGCUUUAGCCAAAGCAAUGAAACUAAGGAAUUUAGUGUGUGAAGUCUGUUGUGUUUACCUGAGUGAUUCAAAUAUCCCAGUGAAUUGGGAUAUAGAUAUCAGUACACUGAACUGUGAAGAAAUAACUGUUAAAAUAUUAGAUAAAUUUCCUAUUGCUACAAGUAUUUCUCAUAAUUUUGUUCGAAAAACCUACUUUUCACUAGCAUUUUGUGAGUGUUGUCGAAAACUAUUAUUUCAAGGUUUUUAUUGUAGGACUUGUGGUUAUAAAUUUCAUCAUCGUUGUGCUACUGGUGUUCCUUCCUUAUGCCAUCAAGUACGAAUGGCAGAUGCAUAUUACAGAGCACUUCUUGCCAGACCUCCAGAUACAAGUGCUGGUAUCCUUUAUGCAGGGCAAGCAGAACUGGGAAUUUCUCUAAGACAACCCAGGCAUCCGGGCACUCUUGGUCACCAUGAUAGAUCCAGUUCAGCUCCCAACGUAUGUUUAAAUAGCGUCAAGGGUUCCGGAGAAGAUUGCCCAAGGUCAUUAUCGUUAACAAGGUCUGGUGCUGAUGUAGAUGGCUCUCCACACUGCAGGAGCACCCAAGCAUCACCAACGGGAUCUCUUCAGCCCGGAAGACCCAGAGCUCGUUCAGCAGAUGAAAGUAAACCCCUUCUCGCUCCCCGAGAAAGCAUCGAAGACUGGGAGAUUCCUGCAGAUGAAAUAUUAGUGGGAGCCAGAGUAGGAUCUGGUUCGUUUGGAACAGUAUACAAGGCUCACUGGCAUGGACCGGUAGCUGUCAAGACACUCAAUGUGAAAAUACCUACCAUGGCCCAGUUGCAGGCUUUCAAAAACGAAGUAGCUGUGUUAAGAAAAACUAGACAUGUAAAUAUUCUUCUUUUCAUGGGAUGCGUCAGUAAACCUCAGUUAGCUAUAGUGACACAAUGGUGUGAAGGAUCGAGUCUCUACAAGCACAUACACGUUCAUGAAACAAAAUUCCAACUCUUCACUUUGAUUGAGAUAGGUAGACAGACUGCACAAGGUAUGGAUUAUCUACAUGCUAAAAAUAUAAUCCACCGUGACUUGAAAACCAAUAAUAUAUUCUUGCAUGAUGACUUGACGGUGAAAAUAGGAGAUUUUGGUCUGGCAACAGCAAAGACGAGGUGGUCUGGAUCUCAGCAGUUCCAUCAACCUACCGGUUCCAUACUCUGGAUGGCACCAGAGGUUAUCAGAAUGCAGGAAGACAAUCCCUACAGUUUUCAGUCUGACGUGUAUGCUUUUGGCAUUGUAGUAUUUGAAAUGCUUGCAGGCCAAUUGCCUUACGCUCAUGUCAACAACAAAGAUCAAAUUCUCUUCAUGGUAGGAAGGGGCUAUCUCAAACCGGACCUCACUAAACUGAGAUCAGACACUCCCAAGGCUCUUAGGCGCCUAACGGAAGACUGUAUAAAAUUCAACAGGGACGAAAGACCUUUGUUUAGACAGAUACAUGCAUCUCUUGAAGGAUUCUUGAGAAACCAUCCAAAAAUUAGCCGUUCCACGUCGGAACCAAACAUGAAUCGAACUCAUUUACAAUCUGACGAUUUCAUUUAUACAUGUAUGAGUCCCAAGACACCUGUCAAUUUUGGACCGAGUAGCUUUUUGUUUUAUCCAUCAGGUACGGGUAACAUAUAAAUUGUUUGGUCUUGAACUAAGUGAUAUUUUGCGGGAUCAGUUGAUGAAGUAUUUCUUGAUGAAUGGUAUGAAAACAUCACAUUCAGAAUGACCGAUUUUAAUUGUUCAAGAUUGAGAUGAUUGGUGGUCCUUUUGUUUUCCAGAUCCUUGAAGAUUCAGCACUUGAAAGGUCUUGAAAGAUAUUCCAAUUUGAUGAAUUGGAAAACUGAUAUUCCUUUGUUUUACAUAGGAAAAUAUGCUAGAGAUUGAGUUGAUUAUAUAUCAGGUGUCUGUAGAUAAGACAUAUUAAUAAAUUAAGGGCUGUUUUGGUCAUGAAAAAUUAAUCUCAUGAGAAACAGUUGACUUUCAUUUAACGAAGAAACAUAAAUGUUUAUAUCAGGGACCUCAACUAAAUUUCAAUAUGAAAUGAGUUAUUUUUAAAUAAUAAUACAAAACAUUUAAUACAUAUUGAUUUGAAGAAAGCAGAUGCUAGAGAAGUUUUGAAGUAAUUGGUAAUUUCUUAUAAAUAACAUGUGAAAGUGUUUCAAUUUUAUUGGUAAUAGAAUUUUUGGAUUUCCUAGUGUGACAUUCAUAGAAGGUUUCAGCAGCCUCUAAUUUCAGAGAUGAAUGUUUGUUUCUAUUAACAACACAAUGAAUUAAUAUACAUAUUUUCAAUUUAAACAGAGAGGAGAUAUCAAGAAGUUAAUUUUCAGUACAUAAAUUGGGAGAGAGAUAACAUAACGCUAAUUUGAAUAUCUAUAUAAUUGUUUUAUUUCCCAAAAAGUUUAAGGGACUUGUGACUGAAUCAUUAACAAUUCCCCAUAAUGAUACUAAAUAUUGUAAUUUUGAAUAAAUUCACAUUAUAACUUGAAAAACCUCUGUUUUUUCGUUAACCAGAGUUUCAUCAGGAAACACAUUACUAUUCAAAGAAGUAGGGUGAGUUUUUCAUUUGAGUAGAGUUGAAACAUUGAAAUUUUUGGAAUAUUUCACACAGAUUCAAGACCAAUUCACAUAUGGGGUCCACCUGAUACUCAUUUAGAAAAUUAUAUCAAUUUAAAUUUUGUUUUCCAAUUCAUGUUGGGUCAUUGAUUAAUAUAGAAACUUGAAAAUUUAUUUUGUUGUUGACAUACAUUUUCUUGAAUGUGUAAUUUGAAACU